UUAACGAAUAUGAUCAUAACGAAUAUGAGAAUGUUAUAUGAAAACUCGCAGGCAAUGGAAUCCCUUACCUCUGACUCCAUGGAUUCAUCUCCAAUUCUAAUGGUUUCAUCAGCUUUUCUCCCAACAGGUUCUUUAAUAGAGUCACUGAUUCAUAUCUCUCAUGAAGUUUCUUCAGUGGAUGGUAAGCUUCCUUUGUUACAGGCUAGAAAUGUUGCUAAGUUAACCCGGAAGAUUAAGCUACUGUCUUCACUUUUCGAAGAUAUCCGUGAAUCGAAUGGUUCACUUCCCCCGUCUUCAAUCCUUUGUCUUACUGAGCUGUACGCUGUAAUUCGAAAAGCCAGGGUACUAAUUCAAGAGUGUAAAGAUGGGAGUUGCUUGUGGAAUGUAUUGCAAUCUGAAUUCAUGUCGAAACAAUUUCAUGUUUUGGUGAAGGAGAUGGGUAUGGCACUAGACAUUCUUCCUUUGAGUUUGAUCAAGAUAACUCCAGAUGUUCGAGAGCAAGUGGAGCUUCUCCACAAACAGAUAAAGAGAGUGGAUGCUUUUCUUGAUCCUGUAGAGUUUCAACGCAGAGAAGAGAUUCUAAAAUUGAUGAGCAACAACAAUGAAAACAAGUAUGGAAAUAAGAGGAUUUCUGACUGCAAGAAACAAAUAGAAACGAUUAUGUGUGGUAUAGGUCUCAAAAACCUUUCUGAUUAUGAAGAGGAAAUAUUGAAGCUAGAAGGAGAGGCUCGUAAACAAGCUGGAACAGGAGGACUUAUUGUUGUUUCAAAUAUUAAUAACCUUAUCUCCCUUGUAUCAUAUUCAAAAUCUAUGAUAUUUGGUGAUGCAAAAUAUGAUGAGAAUAUAAUCAGCAAACUAGAUCAUGCAGCGGUGGUGAAGAGGUCAGUGUCCUUACCUAGAGAUUUUGAUCCAUCGCCUUCAACUUCUCAGUCAAUGAUUCAUCACAUCCCUGACGAGUUUCGCUGCCCAAUUUCACUUGAUUUGAUGAAAGACCCUGUCAUUGUAGCAUCUGGCCACACUUAUGAUCGAAGUCCGAUUGCUCAGUGGAUAAAUUCAGGUCACCUUACAUGCCCAAAGAGCGGGCAGAAACUAAUUCACAUGGCUCUGAUACCCAAUUACGCACUUAAGUGUUUAAUCCGUCAAUGGAGUGAAGAAAAUAAUAUCCCACUAACAAGUGAAAUGCGUUCUUCGUCUGAAGAGAGAAGUACCAGUAAGAGAAAAGAAAUGGAGAACUCUGUGGAUCACAUUUCUGCAUCAAAAGCUGCUAUAGAUUCUGUAAAGCUGACAGCCGAAUUCCUUGUGGGGAAGCUCGCAACCGGGUCACCUGAUACUCAGAGACAGGCAGCUUACCAACUAAGAUUACUUGCCAAAACAGGAAUGAUCAAUCGCCGACUAAUUUCCGAGGCAGGCGCUAUUCCAUUCUUAGUUACACUGUUAAGUUCCCAUGAUCCACAAAUCCAAGAGAAUGCAGUUACUGCCUUGCUGAAUCUCUCCAUUUUCGAUAACAAUAAGGUUCUUAUAAUGGCAGCUGGAGCAAUUGAUAAUAUAAUAGAAGUCUUGCAGUCAGGGAAAACAAUGGAAGCAAAGGAGAAUGCAGCAGCAGCCAUAUUCAGCUUGUCGAUGAUAGACGACUGUAAGGUUACAAUUGGGGCCCGCCCAAGAGCAAUCCCAGCAUUGGUGGGUCUACUGAGGGAGGGCACCAGUGUUGGCAAGAGAGAUGCAGCCACAGCUCUAUUUAACCUUGCGAUUUACAAUGCUAACAAAGCAAAUGUGGUGGUCGCCGGGGCAGUUCCUUUGCUCAUUGAACUAUUGAUGGAUGAUACAGCAGGAAUCACGGAUGACGCGCUGGCUGUGCUGGCUUUACUAUCUGGAAAUCUUGAAGGACUUGAAGAGAUUAAGAAGAACCGAACGAUGGUGCCACUCCUUGUUGAUCUGUUGAGAUUCGGUUCUGCAAAAGGGAAAGAGAAUGCAGUAAGUCUUCUGCUAGGACUCUGUAAAAAUGGAGGAGAAGAACUUACUAGGCGUUUGAUAUUACACCCACACAGUAUACCUUCGUUACAGAGACUAAUUUCUGAUGGAUCUCUCAAGGCUAGAAGAAGAGGCGAAGCUCUUCUAAAAUUACUCAAUAGGCUUUGCUUCCAGUCUUCCCACAGUUCUUCUCAAAAUUCUUCCCAGAAUUCUUCUCACAAUUCCCUGGAAUGACAAAACAAACCAAGUAAACAGCAAUAUUAACAAGGAAGGAAACAUCAGAAUUCCUCACAGGGAUAUUCUUGUAAAUGUUGGCAUAUACAUUAUUAUACCGUACAUGGUUAUGUUGUCGAUAUUACAUAAAAUUGCAUAAAA